GAAAGUGGGGGAGGGCGACCAAGCAACUUUUUUUUUGGAUGAUUCUAAACAACUUCCACGCAGUUAUUUCUAUUUUUUGUCACUUUUGGGUCGCUUGGCACGUCGUUUCAGCCGCGGAUGUGAAGUUUACAAAGGUUUUGGAUUUGGAUAAUGAAGGAAUUUGGAUACAUCCAGCGCGCGUCACAGCAGCAGCGAGGAUUGGAAGGUUUUUGGAGGAUUUCUGAAACACACUGCUGAGUUUUUGGAGGCUUGUGGAGAGUUUUACGUUUGGAUAUGAUGUUUUACUUCUGUUUCUGGGUUAACUGAAGUGUCCAAACCGCGCUGUAGCCGAACACUGUUGUGGAGCACCGUUGCGUCGCUCUGUUCCAAAAUGUCUUCCCGGGGCCCCUUUGUUGCCUCGUUUUGUGGGAUGCUUUGGCUCUGGACCUCCGUGUUGGUGUUUUUGGUUCAUUUUUCGGACGCGGUGCUGUCCACAAACGUGCCAUUUUUUGAGGAUCGAUGUAAGAAAAGUGCAACUUGUGAAGCGCUGAAGUACAACACAUGUCUGGGGUCCCCGUUGCCGUACACGCACACGUCCCUGGUCCUGGCAGAAGACUCAGCCACACAAGAAGAGGCGUUUGAGAAAUUAACCAUGUGGUCUGGUCUGAGGAACGCGCCUCGGUGCUGGUCCGUGAUCCAGCCGCUGUUGUGCGCCGUGUACAUGCCCAAAUGUGAGAACGGGAAAGUGGAGCUGCCGGGACAGAGCCUGUGUGCUGCCACUAGGGCGCCCUGCAGCAUCGUGGACCGGGACAGAGGAUGGCCCAACUUCCUCACCUGCGACAAGUUCCCCACGGGCUGCUCUAACGAGGUGCAGAAGCUGAAGUUUAACACGUCCGGCCAGUGCGAGGCUCCUCUGGUGAAGACAGACAUCCAGUCGAGUUGGUACAAAGACGUGGAGGGCUGUGGGAUCCAGUGUGAUAACCCCCUUUUCACCGAGGACGAGCACAGUGACAUGCACAGAUACAUCGCUUACUUUGGGACUGUCACUCUCCUCUGCACCUUUUUCACUCUGGCCACGUUUCUUGCCGACUGGAAGAACUCAAACCGUUACCCUGCGGUGAUCCUCUUCUACAUAAACGCCUGCUUCUUCGUGGGUAGUAUCGGCUGGCUCGCUCAGUUCUUAGACGGAGCUCGAGAAGAGAUCGUUUGCAAAAGUGACAACACCAUGAGACUUGGAGAGCCCUCCUCUUCAGAGACGUUAUCCUGUGUGACCAUCUUCAUAAUCGUGUACUACUCACUGAUGUCUGGAGUCAUCUGGUUUGUGAUGCUGACCUACGCCUGGCACAUGUCCUUUAAGGCUCUGGGCACCACGCACCAGCCGCUCUCCGGGAGGACCUCCUACUUCCACAUGGUCACGUGGUCCAUCCCGUUCGUCCUCACUGUGGCCAUCCUCGCUAUCGCCGAGGUGGAUGGAGAUUCAGUGAGCGGAAUCUGUUUUGUCGGAUACAAAAACUACAAAUACAGGGCGGGUUUUGUUUUGGCGCCGAUCGGAGUGGUCCUGGUGGUUGGUGGUUACUUCCUCAUUCGGGGUGUAAUGACGCUAUUCUCCAUCAAGAGUAAUCAUCCGGGGUUGUUAAGUGAAAAAGCAGCCAGUAAAAUCAAUGAGACGAUGCUGAGACUUGGUAUAUUUGGAUUUCUUGCUUUCGGUUUUGUCUUCAUCACAUUCGGGUGCCAUUUUUAUGACUUCUUCAACCAGGCUGAAUGGGAGAGGAGCUUCAGAGACUAUGUGCUGUGUGAGGCGAAUGUGACCAUAGCGUCCCAGACCAACAAGCCGAUCCCAGAGUGCACCAUAAAGAACCGUCCCAGUCUGAUGGUGGAGAAGAUCAACCUGUUCUCCAUGUUUGGGACCGGCAUCGCCAUGAGCACCUGGGUCUGGACCAAAGCCACCAUCCUCAUCUGGAAACGCACAUGGUUCAAGAUAAUUGGCAGAAGUGACAAUGAGCCGAAGCGUAUUAAGAAGAGUAAGAUGAUCGCCAAAGCCUUCGCCAUGAGGAAGGAACUGCACCAGAACCCAGAGAAAGAGCUGUCCUUCAGUAUGCACACUGUGUCACAUGACUGCCCUGUCGCUGGUAUAAAUUUUGACAUAAACGAGCCAUCCAAUGACAUGUCAUCUGCCUGGGCUCAACAUGUGACUAAGAUGGUGGCCAGAAGGGGCGCUAUUCUGCCACAGGAUAUCUCAGUCACCCCCACCGGGACCCCAGUACCUCCUCCAGAAGAAAGGAGCCGCCUGUGGAUGGUGGAAGCUGAAAUCUCUCCGGAAAUGAUCAAGAGGAAGAAGAAGAAGAAGAGGAGAAAGAAGGAAGUGCGUCCGACCGAGGAGACGGAGGAGAAAGUCCCGCACCCGCAGCGAGAAUUCGGGCGCAGCUCCGUCCCUCGUCUGCCCAAACUGCCCAACCACCCGAGUCUAGUGGCAAAUCUCAGACAACAGCAGCAGCAGCUUGAGGAAAACGUUCUUCCAGGAUCGUACCAGGACGUCCCAGUAUCUCAUCCUAUGGCUUGCGAAGAACCAUAUCCGUAUCCGUCCUGCUACAAAAGCCCCCCUUCGUAUAACUGCAGCCUAAUGUCGGAUCACCUCCCUGUAAAUGAGCGAGCGGAAGAUUUAGGGAUUGGACCGUGUUUCCAGGGAGGCUACGGAAGGAGGAUGGAGCAGAGGAGGGAGAGAGGGGAGAAGGGGGAGAGGUCCGCCCCCGUGUCCAGAGCACCGGGAGGGCGUUGGGCUGGUCCCAUCAACUCCAGGACAAAUCUGAUGGAGGCGGAGCUUAUGGACGCGGACUCGGACUUUUGAAAACUCGGUUGGGAUUAUUUGAAUUCGGAAGAUUUAUCAAACGUAGUCAUAGCAACUCAGAUCGGGAAUUCAAGUCACCGGAGCGAAUACUGAUAAGUUUGAUAAGCGAAAACAUAAACUCCAGAAUAAUUUUGACGGACGUAGACAACAUGGAUAAAGCUGCACUAUGUAACUUUUUUGCCAGAUGUCCACCAACAGAGAUCUUGUUGCUUUGUCUGUAAUGUUCCACAGUAUGUUAUUAAUCUUAUUUACCUCACGUCUACUCAGUUACAGGAGUAUUUAUCGCCGCUCCACAAAUCUGACCUGUAAUGUGGCCUAGUGGCGCCUAUUAUAUUAGUUUCCAUUGCAAUAGAUAAGAUUAAU